AUGAGUAUCCAUCCUGUUCAGUCAUUCAUCGGGCCAAUGUCUGACGCAAGAAAACACACCCUGAAUCCUACUUGUAGUGGCACUUCCGUUAUCGGCAUAAGGUUUAAUGGUGGCGUAAUGAUAGCUGCCGAUUCUCUUGUGUCUUAUGGUUCGUUAGCACGUUAUACAAAUUUCGAUCGUGUUGUCAAGGUAGAUCAAUUUGUUCGUUUACGUUUUAAGAUUAAUGACCAAACUAUAAUGGGGUGUUCUGGCGAUAUUGCAGAUUUCCAGCAACUGUCUAAAGUCAUUAAUCAGCAGAUCCUUCUUGAGAAUCUUCUAGGUGACGGCUUUGUGACCAGUCCAAAGGCCCUCCAUUCCUGGAUUACGCGAGUGUUGUACUAUCGUCGAAGUCAAUUUAGCCCCCUCUGGAAUACGUAUGUUGUCGGUGGUGUACAAAAAGAUGGGAAAUCAUACCUGGGAUAUAGCAAUAUGAUCGGCGUUUCCUUUAGUGAUGACUGCGUUGCAACUGGUUUUGGGGCUCACUUGGCCAUCCCAGUCCUCCGAAAGGUUAUCGAAACUAAAGCGAACAACGAUGCAUCCACAUUGUCUCCCGAAGACGCUUUAGAGGCCAUCAAGGAGGCCAUGACUCUUCUCUUUUAUCGUGAUUGUCGUGCCUUCAACAUGUACAAAAUCGCGGUCGUGACAACCGACGGUGGUGUUCAAGUGAGCGAGAACCAGAAGCUCGAGACGAAUUGGAAGAUCGCGGAAGCUGUCGCGGGCUACGAGUGA